GCGCGUCAUGUUCUUUCGAUUAUAGCAGCGCCAAACUCUACUGACUGCUGUGCAGAAGCAGUUUAUCUGUUAAUAAAAGUUGUGACUUUUGUUUUGUUUAUGUCGUUAUAUCAGAUGCGCACGUCUUUGCAAAAACAAGUUUAAUAUCUUCUAAUAGCUCUUCGAGUCGGCGGCUGGUUAAUUGAUCAGAAUAUCACAUUGCAGAAAAUGUCGCUGUGGCGCCACAUAGUUGCUAAGCAGAAGGUUAGCCAUGCUAAUGCUGCGCGCGACAGUGUUUGUGUUGUUGCUAAGAGGCAGUCCGCUCUGCUGGGGCUUGAGCACUCGGGGAAGACAAGAAGUCUGUCUCCUCCAAAACAUCCCGCAAACGAGAGCUUAUUUCAACCCACUGCAGACUCCACUACAGGUGAUAUUAAAACAAAGUCACCAGCAGUGAUGAAGGAUGUUCCUUUAUCCCCCCUUUGCGGUUCUCCUUGCCGUUGUCGAGCUUCAGGCUCUUCUCUGGCUCAGUUAGAGAGCUCGCAGCUUGAGCAGCUGCUCUCUCAAAGUGCUUGCUUUGGGGAGAAAGGGCUCAAGCUCAUCCACAGCCCUAAUAAGGCCACCAUCACUGUGGACUGUACUACAGCACAGGUGGUGGAUGUGAACAAGCAAGCCUGCAAGCUCUUUGAAUACACACGCAGUGAGCUGAUUGGGCGAAUGCUGACCUUCCUACUGAAGACCAGUCAGAUGACUGAGGACGUCUUGGGAGAGGAAAGCCUAGACUCUGCAGGCAACUUAAUCACCAUAUCAGGAAAAGUGGUAAAUGCGGUGAGUAAACCAGGCUCAGAGUUCCCGGUGUCUGUGUGGACAUGCUCACAUAAUCACAAAACCUGCGUACUGCUUUUGGAGAGAGUGGAAAGGAUAUCGGCUCACUUCUCCUUCUCUAAACAGGGUGAGAUUCUCAGCUGUGACUCCACCUUUGCUCAUCUCCAUGGUUACUGUGAUGCUGAGGAGAUGAUGGGGCUUGCGGUCACAUCUCUGAUGCCAACACUUCAUGUUCCGCUGCAGUGUCGGACUAUACCAAAGAUGAUGCGUGUGCAGAGGGUAUGUGUGCAGGGCAGGAGUAACACAGAGCUGCGAGUGUGUGUGCGACUGCGUGCCGCUGUAUCCUGUGGGAGGCCUUUGAGCCAGAUAGGCAAAUCCCCCUCUGCUGAACCCAGUGAAUAUUCACAAGCAGGGCUCAGUGAUGCAGGAGCAGUUGUUAAAGAUGGUGGUGGUGAAGGCAUGUGCUCGCCCCUCCCAGAUGUGGUUUAUUCUGGGUCACUGUGGACUUAUGUUCCCUCCAGCAGCCUUCUGACACUCUACCCCAAUGGCACCAUUAACAGUAUCGGCAGCAUCUACUGUCCCCUGCUGAUGGGAUAUAGCAUGACUGAGCUUUUAGGCAAGAAGAUCACCUUCUUGAUACCAGCCUUUUACGAGAUGAUGUGUGCCUUUGACAGAAGCCCCAGUCCAGUAUCUUAUCAUGAAGAUGGCUCAGCAUCCAGUUCUGCUAGUAGCCACACAGACUCCUGCAGAUGCUCUAAUGGAGGUGGUGUUUUAAGCCCAUCUGCUUGUGCUACCUCAGCCAAGGAGAAUCAUCAAGACACAUGUAGUCCUAAGACUGUGCUGGCCAAGGACAGUAUGUUGUGCCCAGCCCUGAAGAGGAAAGGAGUUGCUGCAAAAGGGAGGCGAGCCUUCGCUGCAAUCAGGGCCAAGCAGGAGCAUCAGGCCCCUACUGCCAUUACUGUUCCUGCAAUCUGCCCCAUGCCUGCAAACAGUUUAGAGGACACGGCAGAGCUAUGCAAGGAGGCAGCUGCGGUAGUAGCCCAGUGUGACGAGUCUGUUCCAGCCGAUUCCACCACAGCUCUACUGCACACCUUUGCUUUGCUUGAGUCCCAGGAUCACUCAACCUCACCCCGACUCCAGAACUCCAGCUUUGAGGUGAUCUCCCUUGGCAGUCGCUCAUCCUCAGGAUUCUGUGAAAAGUGGGCAGGCCCUGAGAAACCAGACGACACACAACAGGAAGAAGAAGUAGCAGAUUCAAGCAGCUGCUUCCUAGACCUGGAUGCUAACGGUGAUGCCAUUGCACUUGCCAUUGGAGAGCUGGAGCUAAGUGAGUGUGAUACGGCUGAACUCCUAUGCACACCAUCGCCUUGCAUUCUGGAGUCUGAGCCUGAAACUGAGCCCCCUGACCUCCCAAAACACAAACUUGCUGAGCAGGAAUGUCUGGGUGUGUGUGUCAGUCCCUCACCGAAAGAGUUAUCACUUUUAGAGGGAAAUCCAGAGCAGUGGAACGCUGAGUUGAAAAGUUCAGAACAGUAUACUCCAUUCUCAGAGCUCUGUAAAAGUGGGAUGCUGUUAUCAAGUGACAGACCAGCAACCUCCACCCCAAAAAAGCCACUGUCCACCUCUGCUAGACCACUCUCCCCUCUCGCCCUGAUACAAGAGGGCAGGUUUCGAGCCAACUGCUACCACCGAGAUGGAACACCUAUUGAGGUGCAGUGCGACGUGCGCAGAGCUACUCUCUCUAGUGGAGGUGCUUUGUUCUGUGUGUGGCUGAGUGGGAGUCAUCUAUUCCUCCACCAGCAGGAGACACUGCAGAGCACACAGACCUCCACAGCAGAGUCUUCCAUUGAGGAUGGCUUAGCCUCCAGCCUGCGAGAGAUGAUCAGUGAAGCAGACCAUGGUAAGGGUCUGCGCUCCUCCAUGAGCCUGGAGCAGUCUGGAGCAUGUGAAGGACAGUUUGAGGAAGACUACCUUCCAUUGCGACCCAUAGGGAAGGGAGCCUUUGGUGUUGUCUGGCUUGUUUCACGACGUCGCGACGAACAGGAGGUGGUAGUGAAGUUUAUCAGGAAGAGCAGGGUGGUGGGCGAGUGUUGGGUGGAAGACCCUGACCUGGGUCAGGUCACUCAGGAAGUGGCCAUACUCGCCCGAUUGUGCCACCCCAACAUUGUUAAGGUGCUGGAGGUGUUCGAGAAUGAAAACUACUUCCAGAUGGUGAUGGAGAAACAUGGAGAUGGCCUUGACUUGUUUGAGUUCAUUGACAUGCAACCCAGGCUGGAUGAACCACUAGCCAGCUACAUCUUCAGGCAGUUGGUGUCAGCAGUGACUUACCUUCGUGGGAAAGGCAUAUUGCACAGGGACAUUAAAGACGAGAACAUCAUCAUAGAUACAGAGUUUCAUAUCAGACUGAUUGAUUUCGGCUCUGCGAUCCCGCUGGAGCCAGGCAAGCUCUUCCAUGCGUUCUGCGGCACACUGGAGUACUGCUCACCUGAGGUGCUGCAAGGAAACCCGUAUGAAGGACCGGAAUUGGAGAUGUGGUCUCUGGGAGUACUUGUAUAUACCCUGCUGUUCAGUGAAAACCCUUUUUGUAGUGUGGAAGAGACCAUCCAAGCCAAACUCAACAUCCCUUGUGACAUCUCUACAGAUUUGUACAGUCUGCUGGCUGGUUUGCUGCACCGAGAGCCGAGUGAGAGAAUGACACUAGAGGAGCUCCUGCAGGAGCCAUGGAUCCGGCAGCCCAUUAACCUAGCAGAGUACAGCUGGAGUGAAGUGUUCCCCUGCAAUCAUGACUCUUCCGAGCAAAAUCGGUACAGUCCUGAUAUGCAGCACUCACUCAGCACUCAGGCCAGCACUCACGGUGCCACUGAUGAGACACCUCUGCAGGAUGAAGAUGAUGAAAUAGAGGAAGAAGAGGAUGAAGAGCAGAGGAGAACUAUGGCAGCACUGGAGUCUGAACUAGUCAAGUAUCUAACUGAUAACUGAAGACAGAGGACGCUUUAGGGCUGCUUUUGAACACAGACCUGCAAUAAGAAAAGGUUAAAAUUAUGAAAAAAAACAGAGGUGGGGAAAAGAAAGAAAAAACACUGCGUGCUGCUACUUUUUCCAAUUGUUUUUGAUAUUAUUGUGCUUGAAGACUUUGGCUAGCUUGAACAUUGAAUUAACGGUCAGUCAAGAUCCAUGAUGUCCUGCAUGAACACCUUCAAAAUACAUCAGUCUUUAUUUCAACACUGAAUCGUGUUCGAGAUGAAUGGCAUAGACGGCAGAGACAGGACUAGUCCAUGUUGUGAAAUAAAUGUGGCUGUAUUUGGCACUGGUAAUGUAAAUCACAGAUUAAAAAGGCAUUGAAGGUAUGAAUUGUUGCACUCUUGGUUUCAGAACACUGUUUUCAUUACUGUUUUUGAAGAAUGAAGUAAGUUUUUAGUAACGUAUGAAAUACUGUAAAAGCAUUUAAUAGUGCUGUGCCUGUUUUAAAAGAUGUAGAUCUCCAUGCAUGCAUUGAUCAUUUAAGGAACAGCCUUGAAAUGCAUGGUUUAAAGAAGCAGUUGUGUAAACAACUCAUUUUAAGUUGAUUUUUAAAACUAAAUUAUUUACCUUUUAAAUAUUAUAUAAAACAUUUCACAUUAAUAAAAUCGUGUCUUCUUAUUUUUUUUUAU